AUGGCAUUUAGACGAGGAAUAGAUGCGAAAGUGUUUCGCGCCAUACAAAAUGUGGAUAUGGAUUCCCUGGCAAAAUGCACAGAAACUGAAAUACGGCCGGUGUUGCCUUGUUUAGUUCGAAUGGGGUUAAUUUCGCCCCUCGAUAUGUCGAAAAGGUGUGCGAACAUGAAACUGUCCAUACUAACUAUUGUGUCGGGAGUGGAGUUGGUCAACUCUAUUGUGGCUUUGUUGUCAAUUGACUUUCACAAGUUGGAAGCAGAUGUUCGUAAGGAACAACAAUUGAGGCAGAAAGGGAAUACGGUGCAGAAUGAUUCGAUUUUAAUUGGGAAUUUGUCGAAUAGCAGCAUGGCUUUGGAGUAUGAACGAAGUGAUAUGACCAGAAGACUAAGUAUUCUUUUGGGGGAAUUAUUGUAUAUUCAGUCCCAAAUUCAGGAUAAUUCCGAAGGGGGUGAUCACGAAUAUUUUUUGCGGUCGUCGGACUUGUUUGACAAUGAUAUUUUUACUGAAGAAUUGGCUGAUAUUAUUUGUAUUGCUAUAGCAGAGUUGCCUACAACCUUGAGUAUUACAAAUAUAUGCGACACAUUGUUACAUGUUCAUAAUGGUCCUGUGAUUAUUGGCAGGAUUGUUGCCAAUUUUCCUGACUGUUUUAGAGAAGUUUGUACUUAUCUGAUUCAAAGUGGUGAAAAGCAGGAAGAAAACCUGUCCAGUACAGUAAGAGCUUGUACUAUAUCAUUAUUGUGCAAGAUGAAUCCAUCUCAAGCUUUAACAGUGAGAAGUAAAUGUGUGGAGUUGUGUAGAAUGCCAGCUUUGGCAAUAACUUUAUCUUUGGAACAUGUUGAUAAAAUGGCUAAAGUAGGUGAUGACAGUGAUAUGGUUGCUUUUGUAUCUGGACUUUUGUUGGGGAAUGAUCAAACUACAAGGAAUUGGAUUGCACUUUUUAUAAGAACAGGUCAAAAGCGCAAAGGUGAAGUGUCUAGUACAGCUUUACAACAGCUUAGAGAUGAGUUAACAAGGAGGUUGUUAAGAAUCAUUGAUGAGUCAUCUGAGGGGCAGCUGCCUGAUAAUUUGGUUGUACAGGCUUCUGCACUUUUGAGGCUCUAUUGUGCCUUAAGAGGGAUUGCAGCAAUUAAAUUUCAAGACGAAGAAGUAAACCUAAUUGUUCAACUGUUAACAUCCCAUCCAAAUCCAACGCCAGCUGGUGUAAGGUUUGCUUCCAUUGGUUUAUGUAUGUUGAUAGCUUGUCCCUCAUUGGUCGCUCUGCCAGAACACGAAAAACGCAGCAUAGAAUGGGUACAGUGGUUGGUUCGCGAGGAGGCCUACUUCGAAUCGGCCAGCGGCGUGAGCGCCUCUUUCGGCGAAAUGCUGCUACUGAUGGCGAUCCAUUUCCACAGCAACCAGCUGAGCGCCAUCUGCGACCUGGUGUGCGCGACGCUGGGCAUGAAGAUAGCCAUACGUCACAACAACAUGACGCGCAUGAAGCAGGUGUUCACGCAGGACAUAUUCACCGAGCAAGUGGUGACCGCGCACGCGGUCAAGGUGCCCGUGACCGCCUCUCUGAACGCCAACAUGCUGGGUUUCCUGCCCAUACAUUGCAUACACCAGCUGCUGAAGUCCAGAGCGUUCGCCAAGCACAACGUGAACAUCAAAAGCUGGAUUUACCGGCAGAUCUGCACGAGCGUCAGUCCCCUGCAUCCGGUGUUGCCGAUGCUGGUCGAGGUUUACGUGAGUAGCAUCAUACUUCCGAACGCGAAAUCCUCGGAACAGCACACCAAUAAACCGUUGUCUGAGAACGAAAUACGCCGGGUUUUUCAAAGCUCGAUAUUCGGGCAGUAUUUCGAUAAAAGAAACACACGCGUCAUCAGCAUGGAGAUGGACGGGUCGAGCGACAACAUCGACGGGAAUAUUUUCGUGGACGACAGCAGCCUAACCCCGCAACUGCUGCUGCUUUAUUACCUGCUCUUGUACGAGGAUUGCAGACUGAACAACGCGCACGUUUUGGCGUCGAGCGGGCGCAAAAUUAAAAUUUACACUUCGGAGUUUAUGAGCGAGUUGCCCAUUAAAUAUUUGUUGCAUCACGCGCAGAAGGAUCAGACCAGUUAUUCGGGUCUUUUCGGGCCUCUGUUGAAACUUCUGGCGACGCAUUUCCCUCACUUGACGCUUGUCGAAGACUGGCUUGAUGAUAUGUCGCUAAAAACUACAUCCAGCACCAGUACAAGUUCUUAUCGUUCGAAGCGUCACAUUGGCGAAUUAGCCCUGGUGGAAGCUAUGAACUCCCUGGAAACGAACCCCUCUCGAUGCGCGAACGUUCUGCGCACUUUGCUCGAACAAGAGGCCAUCGAUGUGUGGCCUCAAGCGGAAACUUUGACUUUCUAUGCCAAGCGGCUGUUGGGUGAUGACGUGCCCAGAUAUUUGCAAGAUUUGUACAAAGACGUUUGGCUUAGACUGAACACAGUGUUGCCCAGAAGGUUAUGGGUGUUGACGGUUAAAAAUUUGGUCGACGAUUUUUCCAUCAUGACGCGUAUUGAUGUGGCUGAAGAUCCCUUGCAGAUUAUGCGUUGCGAUGAAAGAGUAUUUAGAUGCGCACCAAUCUACUCCAUAGUGCUGCGCGUACUGCGUGCAAGUUUGGCAUCAUCCAGAAGUCAAUUGACGCAGCACUUACAAGCCAGUCCGAGACUGGACCAAAACGGACAGCCUCUAAACGAAGGCGAUCGGGAGGAGAUGUGUAGAGCCACCAUUGCAGCACAGGAAAGUGCUGCCGUACAAAUGUUAUUGGAAACAUGUCUGGAAACUAAGGAGGACCAAAUAAUUCCUGGUCGACAGUGGGCUUUACAAGAAGUAAGAUCUUUGGUUUGUAGUUAUUUGCACCAAGCUUUUAUUGCGGAUACCAUGUUGGCCAAAUUGGUACAUUUUCAAGGAUACCCCAGUGAAUUAUUGGAAAUUGUUGUGAAAGGUGUUCCUUCUAUGCAUAUUUGCUUGGAUUUCAUACAAGAAUUGAUACAACAACCCAGUUUGAAUAAGCAAAUAUUCGCUAUACAAUUAUUGGCUGAACUUUCCGUUCAAUAUGCGCUGCCUAAAAGUCUCAAUUUGUGUGUAACAGCACUCAAUUUACUUUAUGGAUUAUUAGCAGGCAUAUCCAGUGCCCAAAGAGUAAAGCUCUUUAAACCAGUGCUUCCAUCUUUAAUUAAGAUAAGCGAGGCGUUUCCUCCCCUCACAGAAGAUAUAAUCAAUCUGCUGAUGCAGCUUGCGAGGGUGUGCGAAUCUCAGGCGUCGCUAGCGUCGCACUUUGACGCUCACUUGGGUAAAGGUUUGGAAAUUUCUGCGCAGGAAAGUGAGCAAUUGUGCGAUCUGGCGCAGAGGACUUUCGCGCAGAUUUUAGAUAAGGCCGUUUUGAAAGGGACGGUUUACAAACAAGAAUAA